UGCCGACGCAGUCAUCUGGCCAUGUGAGACGAGCUCUGAAUGCACGGCCACCGGUUCAACAUGCUCUACAGAGACGUCAAACUGUGAAUGUGGCAGUUUCAAUAUUGUAUUUGCGACCAACUUAACAACAUGUCUGAAGACGUCACUGUUUGGUGACCAAUGCGAGGACACAGUUCAAUGCAAUCUUAUGCCAUCAGGAGCCAGCUGUAAAUCCGGGGUCUGCGAUUGCGCCGAUGGAUACACAUACGUUGGUGGACGAUGUAGACUAUUGAAUGGUUUGGAUAGUACCUGCGAAACAGAUACGGAUUGCAUAUUUGGCUAUGAUAGAGAAUCGGUUACUUGUCGCGAUAAUGUUUGCCAAUGCGCUGAUGGCUAUUAUCAAAGAAAUGGAAACAUAUGUCGUCGUAAAUCAAUGAAAAUUGGCGAUGCCUGUGUCGUACAUGCGGACUGUGAAGAAUUAGGAACAAAUGUGCAAUGCAAUAAUUUAGUAUGCGCCGAGACAUCGCAAAGUGACUCAGAAUCAUCGAAAACCGUCUUAAAUGCCAGAACAAAUACACCAACGCCCACUGGAACCAAUACAAAUCUCGGCACGUCAAGCACAAACACCCAUACGAAAACGGAUGUUGGCAAUGAGAAAUCACCAUCAUCUGACGGUACAUCACAACUCUCCAAAUCUCCAACAACCAGCGGUACCAGCAAAGAUACGUUAGCGCUGGUGAAUGGUCGUAGUGAUUUGACGGACGACACAGAAAACGAAACGGAGCAAGAGGAGGAACAUGAAAGUGAGCAAACGCGCAAAUCUCGUGAAAUUGCGGUACAAACUAGUAUCGAUGCUUUUGAGUUGAAACCAUUGACACCGUUAGUGAAAAAUGUCGGUACUGCCACCACAUCGAGUACGAGCAGUCGACGUUUCUCACGAUACCGACAACGUCAUUCCGCAUUCCGCUACGACUAUGAGGAUAAGACUUUCUCGACUCUAUCAAAUACGGAUGACGAUACGGACGAUAAGCAAUACGGCAGCUCUUGCACGGAGAAUGGACAAGUAUGUGCCGGACUUCCGCAUUCGAUUUGCUCACACAAUAUAUGCUUCUGUCGCUCGGGGUACUAUCCAAGUAAUGGGAAAUGUUUUGCGGAGCUUGGAGAGAUAGCGGAGAGUGCCAACGAAUGUGAGCAUACAUUCGAAACAUCGUCAAAAAAAUGUAUUUGCCAAACUAAUUACUUCUACGAACGUAAUUUACGCUCAUGUAGGAAACCAAUCCAAUAUCACUUAUCGUGUACCUCGGACAGUCAAUGUAGUCCGUUCGGCGCCGCAUAUUGUCCCACGCAAAUACCUCGACGUUGCACCUGUGAUGAAUAUGCGGAGUAUGAUGAAUUGCGGCAGCUGUGCGUCUACAAGCAGGGACUAGGCGAAUAUUGUGAGUCGAAUGAUGCCUGCGGGACUGUGGCCAAUGCGGUCUGUACGAAUAAUUACUGUGCUUGCAAGGAUAACUUCUUUGUGCAGAAUAAUACAUGUCUACCAGGUAUUGGCGCUGAUUGUGAAACGGACGUCGAAUGUGGUGGGGUAGAUAAUUCAGUUUGUGAUCUCACCUCACCGACAAGUGAGGAAAAAGACAAGGCUUGUCAAUGUAAAAAGGGAUAUGUACACUUUAAGGAUGAGUGCCUAAAGGAAGCUGAGGAACUAGAUGAUGAGUGCAUUGAAACGGAGCAAUGCACACCAUUGUUGGGUACCUGCAUCGAUAAGAAAUGUUCCUGCACGUCCGAACAACACAUUAAAUCUGGUCGUUGUGAAGAAAAGAAAGUCCUAGGUGAUGCCUGCGCACGGUCCACUCAAUGUUUUGUCGAAAAGGAGCCAGAAAAUGUUGAAUGUCGCAACUCGGUUUGCCAAUGCAAAUUUAGUUACCAAGCGGACGAAGAAAAGAAGACUUGUAUACGUGUGGUAUCCAGUACCAAAAAUUCUUCCGGAAGGCCAAGUGCUCUUAAAAUAAUAACAUUCCUAUUAAUAGGAGCAGCUUUCUUAAUAACAAGUGCCGCAAUUAAACAGGCUUAUUAUGAUUAAAUUUCAUAUAUGUAGUUGCAGUUUGGGUAAAUUAAGAGCGCAAAUUAUUUCGCAAGCCGAAGGAAAAACUUACAUACUCGUGUAUAUAAACAUACAUACAUACAUACAUACAUACAUGCAGCAUUGCAACAUGAAAUUAAUUAAAAGAAUUGCUUUGUGCGAAAAUUCAACGCCAGCUUUAAAUCUCACAAUUCUGUUGAAGUAACACAAACAUACGCAAAAAGUAUUAGCUGAGUGAAAGAAGCAGUAAAAGGAGUAAAACAAAAUAAAAAAAUAAAAAAAAAACUACAACAGUUCCAAAAGCAAUACUUUAAUCAGCGUGAACGAAAUUAUAAAACUUUUGCAAUAACUCGUUAAUUUACAUAUAUUUAAUUACUUUUUAACGAAUAUAUUAAGAAAAGCAAUCAUGUAAAUUAGAGAAUGCAAUUUUCAAUUUUAAGUAACUUAAGGUCUUUUGCGUGCCUGUGCACAUACUUGCAUACAUACAUACACAUGUGAAUGCAUGACUAUGAAAUAUUUAACAAACUUGUUUUAGUCUAAGAUUAUAGUCAAUAAAUCUUUUGAACUUAUUGCCAAAAACUAA